UUUGACCACACUCGGGGCUAGUUGUUUCACAGUAUGUUCCCAAAGUGAAAGGGUUGAAUGAGGCGGACCGCUGAAUAACAAAGUUGGACCUCGCUAGAAGCUCAUUGUGUCGACUUAGCCCAAGCCGGUGUGCUGAUCGACAUGGAACCGUCCCCGCCCGACGGCCUCAAUUCCCCGAACUUUGGCUUAUCCUCCUCAUCCUCCUCUUCAUCGCCAGCCCCCGCCAGAUCAUCCAGCCCGGGCUCGCCCCCCAACCCCCGGCCGAGGGCGGCCACAUUGACCGGUCCGCCCCCCCGCUCCCCUCCGCUGUCCGCCGGCCCCACCUCUCGGACCUCGCCCAUUCUCUCCCCCCCGUCUCGGUCCCUCUCCACUCCCUCCGUGUCCCCUCUGCGCCAGCCCUCCCGGAGCCUGUCUCAGCUGGGCCGGUCUCAGCUCAAUGCAGCCUCUCCUGGGGCCCCGGCCUCGAAGGGGAGCCCGGCCUUCGAGGGGGGCCCGGCCUUUACUGGGAGCCCGGCCUUUUCUGGGAGCCCGGCCUUUAAGGGGGGCCCGGCCUCUACGGGGAGCCCAGCCUUUGGGGCCUCGUCUGGGCCUCCUGGAGCAUCUCCCUCACGCACAGCCUCCAACUCGGAACCAGAGGAGCCAGAGGAGCUGCUCAGCCUGGAGGAGCUGCAGGAGAGGGCCAGGUCUGGGGACGCGGGGGCUCAGUGCAGGAUGGGCCGCUACUUCCUGCUGCUGGCAGAGGAGAAGGACGAGGAGCUCAACAGCUGCCGGGCGGUGACCUGGCUGGUCCAGGCGGCCAAACAGGGCCGCAAGGACGCCGUCAAGCAGCUGCAGCGAUGCCUGGCCUCCAGGAAAGGCAUCACAUCGGAGAACUACGAGGAGGUGAAAAAGCUGUGCACGGAGACCCGCUUCGAGAGGGGCGUGAGGAAGGCGGCCCUGCUCAUGUACUGGAAGCUGAACCCGGAGAAGAAGAAGGAGGUGGCGGUGUCAGAGCUCCUGGAGAACGUGGAGAAGGUCCACACACAACCAGGGGAGCCCGCCUCUCCAGGCCCUCUCUCCAGCUCGGCACAGAAGCAACGGAGAGUUCUGGAAUCCCUGGUCAAGAGCGAAACUUCCCCUCAGGUGGGUUUGGACGACUUUGUGGAGAUGACCAAGAAGUACGCACAGGGCAUCGCUCCGUCAGCCGUCCUGGCCGGGGCAGGAGGAGACGAUGAUGAUGACGAUGAUGAGGCUGUGAAGAACCCAGACGAUCUUCCUCUGCACCAGAAGGUGCUCAAGUUCCCGCUGCACGCGCUGCUGGAGAUCAAGGAGACGCUGAUCGACUGGGCGUCGCGCGCGGGCAUGCAGUGGCUGAGCGCCCUCAUCCCCACGCACCACGUCAACGCCCUGGUCUUCUUCUUCAUCAUCUCCAACCUCACCAUCGACUUCUUCGUCUUCCUCAUCCCGCUGCUCGUCUUCUACUUGGGCCUGUUCUCCAUGGUCAUCUGCACGCUGCGCGUCUUCCAGAACUCAAAGGCGUGGGAGAACUUCCGGGCGCUGACGGACCUGCUGGCCCACUUCGAGCCCGGUCUGGACGUGGAGCAGGCAGAGACCAACUUCGGCUGGACCCACCUGGAGCCCUAUCUCAACUUCCUGCUGUCGGUGGUGUUCGUGCUGUUCUCCUUCCCCGUGGCCGACAAGACGUGGAUCCCCUGCUCGGAGCUGGCCACCGUGGCCCUCUUCUUCACCGUCACCUCCUUCCUCAGCCUGCAGGCCUCCGCCCAGCUCUUCGCCCGCCGCGCCCUGCUCACCCAGGUCCUCUCGGGCGCCUGCUCCCUGCUCCCCCUCCUCCCCGACUCCCUGGGGCCCCUGCGGGGCCUGGGGGCCACCCUGGUGUCCGUGCCCCUGGGCGGCGUGCUGGCCCUGAACCUGGGCCUGCCCUGCCUCCUCCACGGGCACCUGGUCUACCUGCUGUUCCGCAUGGCCCAGCUGCGGGGCUUCCGGGGCACCUACCUGUGCCUGGUGCCCUACCUGGUGUGCUUCACCUGGUGCGAGCUCGGCCUGGCCUUCCUGCUCGACUCCAGCGCCAUCGGGCUGGUCCGCUCCUGCGUGGGCUACCUGCUCUUCCUGUUCGCGCUGCCCGUGCUGUCGCUGGGCCUGGCCGCCAUGGCGCUGGCGCAGCUGCUGCGCUUCUUCCUGGCGCUGGAGCUGGCCAAGAUGGCGGUGACGCUGGCAGCGUGCGCCGUGCCCGUGGCGCUGCGGCUGUGGACCCGCUUCAGCCUGAGCCCCGCCGCGCUGUGGCGCUCGCUGUCGGGGAGCAGCGUGGUGAAGCUGGUGCUGGUGUGGCUGAGCGCCCUGCUGCUCUUCUGCUGGCUGUACGUGUACCGCUCCGAGGGCGCCAAGGUGUACAACUCCACGCUCACCUGGCACGAGUACGGCGGCCUGUGCGGGCCGGCCGCCUGGAAGGAGGCCAACAUGGCGCGCACGCAGGUCCUGUGCUCCCACCUGGAGGGCCACCGGGUCACCUGGACGGGCCGCUUCCGGUACGCCCGCGUCACCGACAUCGAGAACGGCGCGCAGUCCGUCGUCAACAUGCUGCCGGGGCUCGUGGGCGACUGGGUGCGCUGUCUGUACGGCGAGGCGUACCCGCCGUGCGCCGCGGGGGCCCCCGGCGACGCGCCGCGGCCCCUCCCCGCCGGGGACCCCCUCUGCAAGCUGAAGAGGCUGGCCAAGCACGAGUGCCACGUGAAGCGCUUCGACCGCUACAAGUUCGAGGUGACCAUGGGCAUGCCGCUGGAGCGCGUGGCGCGCAACGGCUCGCUGGUGGAGGACGAGGACUCCAAGGACAUCGUGCUGCGCGCCAGCAGCGAGUUCGGCCCCCUGCUGCUGCACCUGGAGGCCGGCAGCCUGCUGGAGUUCAGCACCGUGCUGGAGGGCCGGCUGGGCUCCAAGUGGCCCGUGUUCGAGCUGAAGGCGGUGCACUGCAUGUCGUGCGGCGACGCGCCCCUCCCCUCGGGCCGCCGCCGCCGCCAGUUCAAGAUCGAGCAGGACUGGCGGCGGUCGGUGCAGCGCGCGCUGCAGUUCGCCUUCGACUUCUUCUUCAGCCCCUCGCUCAGCGCGCGGCUGGUGCAGCCCGACCCCGAGGCCGAGGGGGGGGUCGCCGUCGUGGCGCCGCUGAGCUAGGAGGGCCGGGGCUGGGCUAGGAGGGCCCGGCGCUCGGGCCAAGAGUAGCGCUGCGCUAACAGAGCUAGCGCUGCGCUAACAGAGCUAGCGCCAUGAUAGGAGGGCUAGCGCUAUGCUAACAGAGCUAGCGCCUAGCCAAGAGGGCUAUCGUGUAGCUUCCAGGAUUUGCCCGUACGAGGGCUCCUGGUUCUCAUCAUUCGAGCUGGUCAUACAUUUCCACAAUGUUGUUGUUGUUGUUGUUGUUUUGGGAGGUCGAUUCAAGUUAGGGAUGAACAACGGAUAUCGUUUUUUCACUGCUGCCACCAUCUCAGACUCAUUUAAUCACAUUUGUAAUCGCAUUUUCAUCCAAGUAUCCAUUCCAUUGAAACUGCUUUUAGAAGCACAUUUGGAUAUGUGUAUUCAGUGGAGCAUGAUUCUCAGUUAUAAUCAGUUUAUCUCCGUUAUAUACAGCGCUAGAGACACUGCUUAUUUUCAUUGCCUUUGAAAAUUGAAUUACCUGCUAUAGUAACCGACAAAUGAUGUAGCUAUCGUGACUUCUGUUAGGCAUAUUCUGCAAUACCUUGUUUGUACCCAGUACUGGAACGAGAUCAGAUACUAGAAUCGGUAUCAAUGCAACAUUUUGCAGUAAGCAAUGUAGCAAGUGUGCUUAUCAAUCAAUCGUACUGGUAAUCCAGUAUACUGGGAAGAAAUUAAAACAAUUGAGAAUUUGGUGUGUGGGUUUACAGGUAGGAAUACGCAUACAUUAAGGUAAAGAAAACAAAAUGAUGCACGCUUAUGUUUUCUAAUAUAGAUUUUAAAGAAUUCAUAUGAUACUUUAUGAAGAACAAGAGAAAUAUUUGAAGAUUAUUGUGCCAUUUUGUGUGUGUGUGUGUGUGUGUGUGUGUGUGUGUGUGUGUGUGUGUGUGUGUGUGUGUGUGAGAAUGCAGAAGUGUCUUAUUUUGAGUGUAAAUUCUUAGAUUAAAUUAAUAUUUACUUUGAGUAACGAGACACUACUUUAGCAGGCGCUCAUGCCUUAAACUCAUGUUUCAAGUAACCACUCUUAAAUAUGUACAUGACCAUGCCAUUUUGUUACUUAUGUAUAAUAAUUACAGAUAAUGUACCAAUAAUACAUUGUGGCAUUUAAAACUAUUGUGUAUAGAUUUAUACCCCAUGUGUAUGUACAUUUUUCGGCUGCUUCUGACAUUUUAUGGGCAAGUCGCUCAGAAAGGCCAACAGUAUUUUAUGCGAAUGGGGCACGUGUGUGUGUGUGUGACACGUGAUCCAACACAGGCCUGGUUAGGUCACAGUCCAUGGCUUUAAAAUCUAAAUGAACGUCUCCCUUCGAUUUCAAGUUAAAAAAAUAUUUUUAUCCGUUUAGGUUUUUUCCUCGUGGUUACAUUUCGAAUGAAAAUGUUAUUUCUUGGGCGAUGGAGGUCAAUUCGAAAGUGCCUUUUAUAAAACACCAAAUAAUUGAAGUACAUCGUAAAAUAAUGAGUCGAAAGUUGAUUUUACAUGUAUAUUUUGAAUUAUUUAAACACAUGAAACUAUCACUGUGGCGUUUUGAGGUAAACAAGGUAAUUCAUGACUUUAAAGUGGCAAUCUCAAAGAUUACCUUCUUUAAGAACUGGGUUUAAGCAUCGACCCCCAGUUCUUAACAUCAUUAUACUGUAAAUACAAUCAGGUUAUACGGUCAAUUACCAUUGUGUUACCUCAUUCAGAAAUAGAUAGUGAUUUAGCAGACAAUUAAUCUUCCAGAUUGCCACUUUCAUCGUCGACAUCGAGACCGUUCUCCUGCCUAAAUAUAGAUUCAUGAAGUGAUGUACCAUGCUGCAGAGAGUGUGCUGGCGCUCAACCUAUUUCACCCUCCAUCUCUGCUGUGCAGGGCUUCCAGAAGCGUGCGCAUGUAGGUUUUUCAGGUCAGGAUGUUCUCACUGUAUUCCUUCACUGUGACCAAUAAAUAUGGCAAUCUGUCUUCUCUGCUUUUCUUCAUGAAAACUCUUUAAAAGUGGAUCGAACAUGAAGUAAAGGUAUCGACUUAAAUAUGAGCUCAGUAUUUGUUAGAGGGUGGAAUACAGAGGCAAAGAUAAAGGUCAAAGGUUACUGACCUAAACACACACCUACUUCUCUAUUCCUUCCUGUAGGAUACUUUCCAUUUAUGUACAGAAUGACGGGAACUUGGUUGUUUGUCCACCUGGAUGGAUGUAUUAAAAUAGCUAAGUCACACAUGUAAUUUACAAAUCAUAAAAUGACCAUAUGUCCUCAGAGAUCUACUCUGACCUCUUUAGAUCCCUCCCAUUACUUUGUCAAAAAUCGUGUUUAAGACAGUUAAAAAAUGUAAGGAGGAGGGGACGGGAGGACACAAUUUCAAUUGUGAAUUUAGACGGCAGUUUUGGUCCGCAUCUACCGUUACUUAUCUGAAGGGGUUCACAUCACUCACCUGCAGCUGACAUGAGGAUGGUCGAUGCGGACUGUUCAGGUUGUUUGUAGGUGGACACUCUCCAAACAACCAUAGCCAACUUGUUUGUCACA